AAGUGACAAAAUACCAUUGGUAUUUUGAAGAGUCUACGCAUCUUUCCUUUCGUCACACUUCCAAUUUCUUAGUCAAAGUAGUAUCAAUCUUUCAUUACAUCAGCAUGUCUCAACAACGAACCACAAUACACGCCCUCCACACCGCCCUCAAAAACACAUCCAAGCCCAGCAUCGCAAUGUCAUCCCACAACGCCCUCUCCGCCAAACUCGCAUCCCAAGCCGGCUUCAACGCAAUCUGGGCCUCAGGAUUCGAACUCUCCGCCUCUCACGCCCUUCCCGACGCCAGUAUCCUCCCCUGGACCGCUCACCUCGAUGUCGUCCGCUCAAUCUCCUCCACGGUCUCCAUCCCCGUAAUAGCCGACAUCGACACUGGUUUCGGCAACGCUGUCAACGUCGCCUACACCAUUCCCCAAUUCGAGCAAGCCGGCGCAGCAGCUGUGGUUAUCGAAGACAAGACCUUUCCUAAAGACAGUAGUCUACGUUCUCAAGGCCGACAGAAAUUGGUUUCGAUAGAGGAAUUCCAAGGAAAGAUCGCUGCAGCCAAAGCGUCCUCAGAAAUGGUCAUCAUUGCUCGAACCGAAGCCUUGAUCGCUGAUCUAGGUGAAGAAGAGGCGAUGAAGAGGGGAGAAGCUUAUGUCGAAGCGGGCGCGGAUGCGGUGCUGAUACACAGUAAGAAGAAAACUCCAGAUGAGAUUCUGAGCUUUUGUCGGAAGUGGAAGGGAGCGGUGCCGUUGGUUAUUGUGCCAACUGCUUACCCGAGUAUUUCUUUCAAGGAGGUGGGAGAGUUGGGAAAGGUGGGAUUGAUUAUUUGCGGGAAUCAUGCAGUGAGAGCUGCGGUUUCUGGGAUGCGGGGGGCGUUUAAGAGCAUCUUGGAGGAUGGUGGGAUUGCGGGUGUUGAGGGAAGCAUUGCGAGUGUGGAGGAGACUUUUGAGUUGCAGGGUGAUGAGGAGAUGAGGGAGAUUGAGAGGAAGUUUUUGCGUUGAGUUGAGAGGGGUCUGUGUGUAUGAAGACUUGGGUCAUGAUUACUUGGAAGCAAAAAAAAAACAUGCACAAGUGUGCAGAAAUGUUAGUCGAAUCAGUGGAACGUCCAGUGAGCUGAUUCAUCGUCGAUUUGUGGAUACUUAAGUGCGUCUCGAGCCUCGAUAUCCAAUGCCCACUUCCUUUCCUCAACAACGAUACUCUUUACCCACCACUCGACC